AAUGUUAACACGAAUACAUGUUAGUAUCGUGUAACAGUGUAGUUCCGUAAAGUUUUCAAAGAGAACUUAUCUUAAAUUAUAGCAACCUUUUGUUUUGUUUUAACCUGUGGUGAGUGGUGUUGUUUAUACUGAGGGUCUCCUAUCAACUAGACUGAUGUCACCUGCCUGAUACCUGGACAGGUGAAUGAUGCUGGAGGCAGAUGGAGAACCUCCGAUCGCGGCUGAAGUUUGGGAGUAAGGAAGAGCAUGUGAAACUGAGGAAACGGAAAUCCCUGCUGUACUCAAAGGAGGAUGAAAGCCCUCUUAACUACGGUGUGCUGAGAGCCAGGGUGGUUGUGAUUUCUGUGGUGUUCAGACUGAUCAACUGCUUCCUGGUUCAGACCAGCUUCGUCCCUGAUGAGUACUGGCAGUCUCUGGAGGUUUCCCACCGCAUGGCCUUCAAUUAUGGGUAUCUUACCUGGGAGUGGAAGGCAGGAAUAAGAGGAUUCUUAUAUCCUCUCCUCUUUGCAUUUCUGUACAAGAUAUUACACCUGAUAAACUAUGACUCAGUUUGUCUCGUGAUUUGGCUUCCACGGAUCGUUCAGUCACUUCUGGCUGCAUAUGCUGAUGUAAAAUUCUUCUUCCUUAUUCGAACGCUGGAAAAUGGGGACAUCGCAAGGUGGGCGUUCUUCUGCCAGCUGUGCUCCUGGUUCUCGUGGUUCUGCUGUACUCGGACGCUCACUAACAGCACAGAGACUGUCCUCACCUGUUUGGCCCUUUCCUACUUUCCUCUGCCAGGGUCUAAAACAUACAGCAGUAAGAAAUACUUGGCCCUGGUGGCCUUGGCUGUGAUUGUUCGACCGACGGCCCUGAUUGUCUGGUUUCCUCUGUUGAUGUACCAUUUCUGGCAGGAAGAGCACAAACUGAGACUCAUCAGUCAUGACUACAUUCCUAUAGGGACAUUGGCGUUUGUCACUUCGGCUCUGAUCGACUGCAUUUUCUAUGAAAAGUGGACGCUGGUGCAGUUCAACUUCCUCAAGUUCAACGUCUUCCAUGGUGUUGCUGAUUUCUACGGCUCCCACCCGUGGCACUGGUACUUCACCCAGGGGUUUGUCGUGGUGAUCGGCCCUCAUCUUCCAUUCUUCCUCCAUGGAUGCACCCUCGCCUUCCGAAGAUACAAAAUCCUGCUGGCAGCAGUCAUCUGGACGAUUGUGGUGUACAGUUUGCUUCCUCACAAGGAGUUUAGGUUCAUCUACCCGGUGCUGCCUUUCUGUAUGGUUUUCUGUGGGAUAUCGUUGGCUCAUCUGAAAGCAUAUCGUCGAGCUGCCACUGCUGCCCUGCUGGUGGCCAACCUGGUUCCAGCUCUGUAUACUGGCCUGAUUCACCAACGAGGAACUCUGGAUGUCAUGACGCACCUCCAGAAGCUCUGUGAUGUCAGUAACUCCACCCAUCUCCAGCCUGACGUCCUCUUCCUCAUGCCCUGCCACUCAACACCCUUCUACAGCCACAUCCACUGCCCACUGAAGAUGCGGUUUCUGGAGUGUCCUCCAGAUCUGGGGGAGGAGGAUUACUUUGAGGAAGCUGAGAGAUUCUACAAUGGGCCUCUUCUUUGGCUCAGGACUUCAUUUCCAUACAAAUCCUCUCUGCCAACACAUCUGGUGUUGUUUGAUGUUUUGGAAAAGGAAAUCUCUGCAUUUCUGCAAGGAAAUAACUUUGUAAGGACAGAAGAGUUAUUUCAUACUCACUUUCCUGAAGGAAGAGUUGGACAAAGCAUCUUUAUUUAUGAAAGGCACUAAAACACUGGAACAAUGGUCAUUUUCUCUUGGAGAAUAGGUAGUAUGGUAUUGAUAUGCUACUAAAAUAAAUAUUUUUAAACUUAAA